GGCCCUGCUUUUGAUCAGGUUACAUGUCAAGUCUGACAGGACAUUCCUCCCCGACAGGCACACCGCGAGUAAGUGGAGCAACGGCAAGCACGCGAUAGAACCGAUAGACGAUGCAUGGGCUCGGCAGGAGGACUCGGUCCAAGACCGGUUGUCGCACGUGUAGAAUCCGCAAGGUCAAAUGCGACGAAGAGAAACUAUUCGUUCCUGGCCAGCAGGAGCCACAAUGCCGGCGUUGCACUGCGGCCCGGAUCGUAUGUGAGUGGAAGGGCGGCCCCAUCCCCCGGGGUCCAGCUAAAAGGCCCGGAAGAGACACUCGCCCGCUGGAAGCGCAGAUGGUCUGUCAGCCUAUCCCGUCUCCUGCGCGUUCUUUAUCGCCCACUGGUGGUGCUGGGAACAGCAUCCAAGCGGCCAAUUCGUUGGUUAUAUCGGACUUUGAUCGCUCGUGUUUGAACUAUCUUCAGGAUUCUGCGCUGGUCGUGAUCCUUGUCAAAGAACCCAUGGUUAUGAGCAUGAUGUUGGCGACUACGUCGAGUGAGAUCAACCGGUCGCGUUUGUACGACCGGGACAAAACGGACGGACAUUGUACCAUUGAGAGUUUGUCCGACAUGGACAGUAGGUUGCACUAUGGCCGGGCUCUCUCUGGUCUUCGGGAAGCGCUGAAACCAGACGUCAAGUCCCCGGCGCAGAUCGAAGCCAUCUUCAUUACCUUGUGGAUGAUGAUUGAUUAUGAGAACCGAUUCGGCAGCGGGACUGCUGGAAUUAAUAUUCACAUCCGCGGAAUCGAGAGUCUACUCUUCAACCAUGUCGUCCCGUCACUCAAACAACUAGAGCCUCCAAAUGUCGCAAAUAGAGAGACAAGCUCGCCGACUGCACUAUGUAAUGUCGCAGAUGAGGCCCAGAGCAUGAGCGCAUGUGACAGCCCUGUGCUGCAACAGACUGCGGAUUUGUCCAAACACAGACUUCGACAUACAGCGGUCCCUCUUUUUCUGCUUUGGACUCUGUACUUUUUCACACCGGGCGCUUUGCUCUCUGGCCCAGGUGCUGCCAGGCUCGAUGCCGACCUGUUCCGGUUUUUCAUGCAAGACGAAGCAGGAAGUGCGGGUUUGAGUCUUUCUGAGCUGUAUAGGAUUGGCAGACAGUCCCCGUCUCGAUUCUGGGGCGAUUCCUACCCCACCACCGCCCAAUUGGAUGAUAUGGAGAAUAUGCCGGGGCUAUCGUUGUAUCAUCGAAGUCAUGUACUGCAAUUCAAGAUCACGGAGUUAUUUCGGCAAGGAAAUCCUUCAAUCAAGUCGGGCCUUGAGAUCAUUAAUGAACUCACCGUAUUAUCUGAUGAAUUCGACACCUUGUUGAGUUCCGCCAAGUCUGCGCCCUCGUGUGAAGUCGUAGGUGACGGACGUCGCGUGAUGGAAACGAUCUUUUGGGCAGCCAUUACUUACUACGGCACAAUUGUGUACUUUCACCUGUGCUUCAAAGACACCCUGGCCAAAGGACUGCAGGGUGCAGGGAUGAUGACCCUGCAUGAUGCCGUUUCCCAGGUUCUGGAACUUUCUUUGAAGCUACAUCGCAGCAGACCGCACUUGAUGGUGCGCAUCACGUGGCCUCUCUUCAUCGCGGGGAUUGCCACGUCCGACAGAAUAUACCAAGACUGGGUGUCAUUUCGGCUGCGCGAGCUUGGUCGCUACGGGCUCAACUACAGCCGAGUCAGCGCACGGUUUGACGAGAUUAUCCAAGGAGGCGAUCCAUUUGCGCACGGACGAAGGCCAUUGUGCGCACAGUAGUGCACUCGAUUAGACGCUGAAGUGAGUUGAUAGGAUGUCUGCAUCCCAGUGGCAACGAUGAUAAGGCUAGAAUAGCCCGGGGAUCUGCCUGACGUGUUUUCUAGAAAGUUUCGGGAAGAGGAUCCUAGCCAAAUCGUGGGGUCUUCCCCGACUGCCAACAUAUGCUACGCUCUAGCCAUGCAGCUAGUGGUCGUACAUUAACGCACUCAUUCAGGGCCUGCCAUGCACAACGAUUAUGCUUGGUUCUGAAGUGACAUCGUGGUCAUAGUGACGACCCUGUUCGAACGAGUCAAAUGGACAUGAACAGACUUAGAGUUUGCCAACCAUAGCACUAGUCUUGGCAAAAGAUAUACGCGGGAACAAAGACUUUCCAUUGCGGU